AUUUUUUUUAUUUUUUUAUUCUUUCCUCUUCUACAACCACCACUACUACUACAAAAAGUCAUACACAAAAUGUUAUCAUUUACUAUGGAUAAAGCAUCUUUUGCAUUAGACGGAUCAAGACCCAACUCAACAAGCAAUGUAUUUGGCAUUAUCCAAAUCCAAGCAUCUGAGCAGUGUUUCAUACGUCCUGUUUGGACACAAGUCCAAUUAGUCGGAAGAGAAGAAAUUGCAAGUACAAGUCGGAUUAUUGUGAAUGAUACCUACCAAAUCUCAAAUAAUCCCGAUGAUUGGCGUCCGUUGUUAUCUUCGACCACUAACAGUAGCGAUGAAAAUGUUUACAACUUACCUUUUAGCCUCUCAGUUCCGAAUAGUUUACCUGCCUCGUUUCAGAUUCAGAACCAAGGACCUUCUCUUGUUUGUUGUGGUAUCUAUUAUACAUUGGAAGUCAAAGUGUCUACAAUGGAAACAGGUGUUCUCAAAGCGAUUCAGUUCCAUACAUCCAAUAACAAUAUCAUGGAAGGAGAAGAAGAAUGUGAUAUACCAAAACGAGUAUUCUGGGGAAUCACGAAACAAUCAAAGCAAAGAUGGCAGUACGAGCUAGAAUUUCCAAGUACGUUUGAUCUUGGUCAGUGUCAGACUCCGAGUAGUAUAUCCGUUCGAUUACGGUCAGUUUCGGGUCAGGAAAUGAAGGGUGAAUGUUGCUUAAUCGGAUGUCAAAUUAUACAAUCAAUUCACUUGGAAGGUUAUAAAAGUCACAUUCAGGUACUUGCAACAUCAACAAAACUAUUAACCAACCCAAACAAAACAUGGAAACAAGCUUGCCAGCUGGAUUUCGAACUGGAUCGAUCGAUAUUACCCAGUGUGGCUAAUCCCAGACUUGGUGUGGAGCACUCGAUUCGAAUCACGGUGGAGUUUUGUAAUACUAAUUCUGACUGCUGCAGCAAUAACAUGGAUCUGCAAUUUCCUGUUGUGUUCACCGGUGGUGCAUUUUCAUCGCAGGAGCGGGAACAAGAAAUUACAGUUGAUGCUAGCGUCACAAGAGCCCUUUCCAUAUCCUCCUGUUCUAGCUUUGGCGAACUCUCAAAUCAUGACAGCGCCAUUGAUAUACCCUCUUCUUUCAAAUCUAUUUCUAAUUAUUUACAUUCAUACAAACUUCAAGUUUAAACCCUGUAAAAAAAAAUUCUUCUUGAACAAUAAAAACUAACGCGUCUUCUACUUC